GAGAGGCGGGGCGGGGAGGGAAGAGAAGAAGCAGGGGAAGGGAAAGGGAGUGAGACGAGGGACAGACGCAGGCAGGAUAUCUGCACUGUCAGUUCGAACCUUUUUUUGUUUGUUUCUCCAAGCAAGCAAAGAGGAGUUAUCCAAAGAAGGGAGGAGGGAGGAUAGAAGGAAGACAAGGUAGCGAUGGACAGCGGAGAUCCUCACUCUGAGCCUUGGAUGGCCCGCAGGACGCUGGAGCCCAUGGAGUCGGUGCGACGGCCGCGUUAGGCUGCUCGCACGCAGCCUUCAGAUCUGUGGUGUCAUGCUUCCCGGUUAUGGAUUCUCUCCAUUUCCUGAUUUCCACCAUCCCACUUUGCACUGCAGCGACGACGGUCCCACCAUGUGGCUCCCGGGCAAGUCGGCGGCUCUGAUCUCUGACCCCCACGACGACGAGUCUCUCCCUCACCACAAACACGUGGCCGUGUGCCAGCAGGAGACUUUGACCUUCAUCGAUCUUCAGCCGUCAGGGAAAGCUCAACGGAAUGGAUGCGGCGGCUCUCCUGGCUCCACCUACGCCCAACCCCUCGACUCUUUUCGACACUCGGGUGAACUGAUUGACUGGGCGAAAAGCUACCUGGGCAAGGUGGAUGAACAGCUAACUUCCAAUUCUUGUCCUACCGAGAUCAAAUGCCAAAAUAGUCAUAAGACGUGUUUACUAGAACAUACUGAUGGAGCUGCAUCAGGGUGUCAUCCCCACCACAUCCCUCUUAGUCUCCCACUCUACACAAACAGAGACUCCUGGGACUCCCAGAUACCUUGCUCUCCAUCCCCACCUGAGGGUCCAGAUUUUCACAACUUGGACUCCUACCAAGCGCAGAGGCGAACAUCCCAAGGUUCGCUUAAAGAGAAGUCCAUUCGCCGUAAGAUGCAGGUUUAUUCUCCGGACAACCUCAGUGACGACUCUCUCAGCAGCCCCGUCCUGGAUGCCGACUUCCUCUUCCCUGUAACCUUCACGUCUUUCCUGGAGGAGGACCUCUGUGGACAAUCCUCACAAGAUACCAACACCAGCCCUUCGUCCACCGAAGCCACUCCGGACCUGCGUAACCUCAGUCCGGAUGAUAUUCUCCAUUUGCCAUCGGAGGAUUCACUUCCAGGCGUGAGAGAAGAUAGUCAGGACACGUCAAUGGUGGCAACGGCGGGCAGCAGUGUGCCACACAGUCGCCAAGCAGACCACGAGCGGCGCCGCUUCUCGGCUUCCGAAUUGAUUUCCAGACUCCAGCUGUCCCAAAAGAAGAAUUCCUUCACCUUGAAGCUGGGAAAGUCACUGUCAGCCCGAGUCGCCUCCAAGGACCGACAGAGUUUGAGCCCGGAUUAUAAGUCCAAUGCAAAACCACGGGGCUCCUACAAUGAUAGCGCCCCCCACAGUCCUGUAGGACCUGUACCGCCACUGCCCAGCAGUGACAAUGGAAUGCCAACGCAUUGGUGGAGCAGCAAACUUGGAAUGCGAAAGCGAUCCACCGAGGAAGACUUGUGCACGCCGCCCGUUGUGGCUUGCUCCAAUCGCUUAUCAAGGUUCUUGCCGAGUUCCAUCCUGUAUCAAGAAUACAGCGAUGUUGCCAUUAACAGAGAAAUCCAAAGGCAACAAGGCAAGGAGCCGGGCACGGACGAAGACGGCCUCAGAGACGAAGGUUCCGAUGGGACCCCGUCUCCAUCCAGUCUAUCUCCGUCCGGCUCCUUUUGCUCCUCGCGGGGUUCUGCUUUUGCCCUGUGGCAGGACAUCCCGGACGUGCGCUCCAGUGGUCAGCUGGACAACUUCAGCAAUGAGCAGAGAAAAUUACAGGAGGCCAAGUUUGAACUGGUGACAUCCGAGGCUUCAUACAUCCGAAGUUUGAGCAUCGCUGUGGAUCACUUCAUGCUGUCGCAGGAACUCUCCGAAUGUCUCGGAGCUCAGGACAAGCAGUGGCUCUUUUCCAAGCUGGCCGAAGUCAAAGAUGUCAGUGAGAGGUUCCUUCAGGACUUGGAGCACAGGUUGGAGGAAGAUAUACUGCGUUUUGACGUGUGUGACAUCGUUCUGGAUCACUGCCCGGCUUUGCGCAGGGUCUACUUACCUUAUGUAACCAACCAGGCUUACCAAGAGCAAACCUAUCAGCGUCUCCUGCAGGAGAAAGCUCGCUUUCCUUCCACUUUGGCCCGUCUGGAGGAGGACAGCGUUUGCCAGAGACUACCUCUGACCUCCUUUCUAAUCCUCCCAUUCCAGAGAAUCACUCGCCUUAAAAUGCUGGUGGAGAACAUCUUAAAGAGGACCACACCAGGCUCCAGAGAUGAGGACACUGCAACAAAGGCAUUCAAUGAGCUCAAAAAGAUCAUUAAGGAGUGCAACUCCAGCGUGCAGUCCAUGAAGAGGAUGGAGGAACUCAUCCACCUCAAUAAGAAAAUUCAGUUUGAGGGCAAGAUCUUUCCUCUGAUUUCUCAGUCUCGCUGGUUGGUGAAACACGGUGAACUUCUGGAAGUGGACACACAGACUAUGAGUAUUUCUGGAUCCAAACUCAAGCUGCCCACCAAGCCUGUGUAUUUGCACCUCUUCAAUGACUGCCUCCUACUGUCUCGGAGGAAAGACACAUGGAAGUUCUUGGUGUUUGUCCACGCCAAGAUAGGAGAGCUGAAAGUGAAGGAUUUGAGUCAGAAGCUGCAAGGCAUCACAGGUUUCAUCUUCCAUCUUCAGUUGUGCGAAGGACAGCAGCUCAAACAUCAGAUUUUGCUCAAAUCAAACUCUGAGAGCGGGAAGCAGCGAUGGAUCGCAGCCAUGUUUCCAUCCAAUCCUCUGGAAGACAUUGAGCAAGCCAGCGAAAACGAUGACAUAUCUCAGGUCCAGUGCAUUAGAAGCUAUCAGGCACAAGAACAUGAUGAGUUAACUCUGGAGAAAGCGGACAUUCUCCAUGCCAAGACCAUCACAAAUGACGGUUGGGUGGAAGGCAUCCGGCUGUCUGACGGGGAACGGGGCUGGUUCCCCAAACCCUACGUGGAGGAAAUCACCAGUCGCAGCGCACGUCUCCGCAACCUUCGAGAAAAUAUUCGCAUCAAAUGUGUCACGCAAAAACUGGAAGGAGAGGACUAGCCACUUGUGCAACUCCUGCAACUCCUCGAGUGAUCGACGUUUAUCACCCAAUGUGGAGGCCAGCGCGAGUAUUCCUCCCUUGCAUGCUGGAAAGACAAAUCGAACAGAACAAAGCUCUUAACACUUUAUACAAGAUAAGCGGAAAAUGACUCGCCGCUGACUCAAUCUGUAUUGUAACAUUACAACGUGACAAAGCUUUUCUUUCUUUGUUUACACUGUCUAAGCUCUGUUGUGGACUUGAACAUUUGAGUUCGAUAAAACGUGCGCACCACUGUCAUCAUCUGCAAGACCCA